GUCUCUGUGGCUGGUCUCUGUGCAGUAUCCGUGGGUGGCGCUCCAUCUGCUAACCUCCUGAUCUGCUCCCAGCUUUCCCCUGCAGGAGCGGAGCUCAGCGCCGGGCUGGGAGCGGCACUGUGUGGAUUAUAUGCUCUGAGGAGAUGACUGUGCUGGAGAGGAUUGAUGGCUGUGCAGAUGUAUAUAUAAGGAUUCAUACCAUGCAGUGAACCAAAUGGGUCAUUGCUGCACCCGAGUCAUUUUCCUCCUGCUGCUCCAGGCGUUGCAGACGUUAGCUGAAGAUGGGUCUAUUGACUGUGUGUGUGUGGGCAGCGACUGCAUGUCGCAGCUGUGUAAGGGAGACCACUGCUAUGCCUCCGUGACCGUCAGCAACGACGUGCCCUCGUUCCGUCGUGGGUGUCUGAUUGGCCCUGAGAGCAGGCACAUGACCUGCUUGUCCGGCCCCUCGGCUAAUCGCGCGGUCGAGUGCUGCUCUCAGCCCAUGUGCAACGUCAACGCCACGGUGGAGUCUCUGCUCCAGCUGCUCACCAAUCCAGAGGGUGAGCCUGUGCGCUAUCGAGUGGAGACCCUGGUGCUGUUCGUGCUGGGUCCCUUUGUGGUUCUGGCUCUGCUGGCCACUCUGGCGGUGCUGGUCUGCCGCAGGCUCCACCCGGGCCGGCUGGAGAGACUGCACGAGUUUGACCCGGAACAGGGCGCCAUCGACGGCCUCAUUGCCCCCAGCGUGGGGGACGGGACCCUGGCGGAUCUAUUGGAUCACUCCUGCACGUCCGGCAGUGGAUCAGGACUGCCCUUCCUGGUGCAGAGGACCGUGGCCCGUCAGAUCAGUCUGGUGGAGUGUGUUGGGAAAGGGCGGUAUGGGGAGGUAUGGAGGGGACAGUGGCAGGGAGAGAAUGUAGCUGUGAAAAUCUUCUCCUCUAGAGAUGAGAAGUCCUGGUUUCGGGAAACCGAGAUCUACAACACUGUUCUGCUGCGGCAUGAAAACAUAUUGGGGUUCAUGGCGUCGGACAUGACCUCGCGGAACUCCAGCACCCAGCUGUGGCUGAUCACGCACUACCACGAGAACGGCUCGCUGUACGAUUACCUGCAGCGGGUGGCCGUGGACAUGGCCCACGGCCUGCAGAUGGCCGCCUCAGUGGCCAGUGGCCUCGUGCACCUGCACACUGAAAUAUUCGGGACGGAGGGUAAGCCGGCCAUCGCCCACCGGGACCUGAAGAGUAAGAACAUCCUGGUGAAGAAGGACCUGCACUGCUGCAUCGCUGACCUCGGCCUGGCAGUCACCCACUCUCAGGCAGACAAUCAGCUGAACGUUGGGAAUAACCCCAAAGUGGGCACCAAGCGCUACAUGGCCCCCGAAGUGCUCGAUGAGUCCAUUCAGACGGACUGCUUUGACGCCUACAAGAGGGUGGACAUCUGGGCCUUUGGUCUGGUGCUGUGGGAGAUCGCUCGGCGCACCUACAGCAACGGGAUCGUGGAGGAAUACAAGCCUCCAUUCUAUGACCUGGUGCCUAACGACCCCAGCUUUGAGGAAAUGCGCAAAGUGGUGUGUGUGGAGCAGCAGAGACCAUUCAUCCCUAACCGCUGGUUCUCAGAUCCGACGCUGUCUGCUCUGGUGAAGCUGAUGAAGGAGUGCUGGUAUCAGAACCCGUCGGCUCGGCUCACGGCGCUGCGCAUCAAAAAGACUCUGGACAAAAUCCACAGCUCCUUAGAGAAGGGCAAGCCAGACUGCUGAGGCCUCCAGAAGCAGGAGCAUCAGACACUGGAACUGUGUUUUUACUGUGGGCCUGAUGUUCUACAUCAUACUGGGACAUUCUGGGAGCAUCACCCGGGUCAGGAAGGAGAAGAGCUUACCCUUGAUCUUCAUAAAUCAGUACAGAAACAUUUUUUUUUUCUGUAAUUUGUUUGUGUUUCUUACGGUUUCUCUUUUAUCUUCCAAAACAUUAACUGACUGGCUCCAGCAACAGGAUUGGACGGUGGCCGGACUGUUUGAGCCAAUAGAAUAAAAGCGAAGCAGUGUGUUUUCUUCCAAGAAUGUGGAUUAAACUCCCAACAUCUGACUGAUGCACUGAGAUGCACUCUUCUAGAUCCUGGAUCUUUGAAGCUUUGCCUUCCACUUCCUGUAACAGAAGCUCACAACCAGAUGGAGGAGAUGAUGGUGAUUCUAAAGCACUAUCUGGACGGGAUUAGUUUCUCAGGGGGACAUCUUUAAAAAAAAAAUAAUAAAUUAACAGGAGGACCAGUGAGUUUUUAGGCUUUCUCAGUCACCUGACAUGAGGUGUUCAGUAGCUCCUCCAUUUCCACUCGCUUUUGUGUUUUUAAGUGGAUCUCCGUGGAAACGCCCAAGCGCCCGAAGUGUAAUUAUGGUGCACGGCGGUGAACAAAUAGCUAUUUUAUUAUUAAACGCAAGGUGAUGAAACUCAGAGAUGUGCGUCCGGACUGGAAUAAAAUUAACGGAGGACCACGGAAGAGUUCAGAGAAAAACAGUAGAUAAUUCAGCCUGUAAUUUUCUUCUCAGAGGAUGUCUGAGAAAAACACGUACAUGGUCGUUCCGGACAGGAAUAAAAUCACAGAGGAUAACCCCCCCCCCCAUAAAAGCGAAAAUUACCCCAGGACCCCCUGAGAAACUAAUCCCGUCCGGAUAGGGCUUAAGGCUUGUUUGCUAUAACUUGGAUGUUAUGGAACUAAUCCUGGAUCCCAACCUUGGAUAUAUAUAUAUUUUUUUUUAGAUUUUGAUACGUUUUUUUUUUUAUUAUUAUUAUUAUUUAAUGAUCAUUAUUCUAGACAGUUACACUGGAUAAGACUAAACGAAUACAACAGACACUACAUCAUGACCUGCUUCAGUACUACACUACUGCUGUGCUUUUGGGACAGAACUGAUCUGAACUCAGUCCUCCACACUGUUUGUUUGAUCUUUGGCCCAGAACUGGGUUUACAGGCUGUUCUCAGUUCAGUGUUUGUUUAGAGCUCUGCUGUAGUUUUUGCCUGUGCCUCUCUCUAUCUUCCUCUUCUUUCUUUUCUUUAUCCCUUCCUUUCUUUUCUGUCUCUACAUAUUCAUCCCUGCUUUUUUCUGUAUCACUUCAUCCUGCCCUAUUUUUUAAUUUCCCUUUCUUCCCUCAUACUUUUCUCCCUACAUGCAUCCCUUCAGCUUUUGUCUCCUUUGUCUAUUUUUCCUCUAUUCCUUUUCUAUCUCUCCCCAUCACCUAUUCAUCUUCCCUCUUUUUCUAUCUACUGUCUCAUCCCCUGUAUUUCUUCCUCCUGCAUUUCUCUCUCCCUUUUUUCCCCCAAGUCUUUCUCUGUUCAUCCCUCCAUCUUUGCCUCUUUCUUCCCUUUUUCUGUCUCUAUAUUCACCAUCCUUUUUCUCUCCCUUCAUCCUGCCCUACUUCUUAGUAGCUUUUGUACCUCACUCCCAUUUUUCUUUCCCUCUGCUCUCUCUCUUUUUCUCUUUACAGUCUUACCCCUUUAUUGCUUUCUCCUUAUUCUUUCUCUCGGUAUCUCUCUCCAUUCAUCCUCCCUCCUUUCCUCCUCCUUUUUUAUUUUUCUGUUCAUCCCUUCAUCUUUGCCUCUCCCUCUCCCCUUUUCUGUAUCUUUAUCCUUCCUUUUUUUCAUUUCACUCUUAUACUUUUUCUCCCUACAUUCAUCCCUCCUGCUUUUCUACCUCACUCUUUUUUCCUUUCCCUCUGCUCUCCAUGCCUCUUUUCUCUCUCCCAUCAUUCCUUCAUCCACCCUCUUUUCUUUUCUUCUCUCUUCAUUUCCUCCUCCAUCUUCCUCUCCAUCCUUCCUACCUCCUCCACUCCCUUUCUUUUGUGUUUUUCUAUUCAUCCCUCCAUAUUGCCUCUCCCUCCCAUCACCUCUUCAUCUUCCCUUAUUUCUCUCUACCCUCUCACCCUAUUCUCUCUUCCUCCUCGUUAAUUUUCUCUUUCCCUCUCUCUCUCUCCCUGCAUUCUGUCUCUCUCUUGCAGCCACACUAAACACUAAGUGACAAUCACUGCUGCUGCUGCUGAGUCAGUGCUGCUUUGUUGUUUUGUAGUUUACACUAAAUCAUGAGCAGGUUUUUCUUUUUCUGUCAUUCAUCAAGUGUGUCUCAGUCGGAGGGUUGUUCUGUUUUUGUGUGUUUAUGUUUUUGCUCUCUGGUUGCAGGAAGAGCAGAGCCGGUGCAAUUUACCCUGGUCUGAGUUUCUGAAGAUAUGAAUCUGCUUUAUGAAGGACGGAAAGUGAGUGAGUGAGUUGGCAGUAGAAGAGGUAGAGUUUUUUUUUUUUCUUUUGUUAAAGUUUUGGUAGUGUUGAGAGAGUCCGCUUUAGUCUGCAGUAGACGGAUGUAUUUAUAGUGAAGGAGGACGGAGGAGUAGGAGCGUCACUACACAGAUGCUGAGCUGUAAACUGUGACUGUAAUAGAGUGUUAUAUAUAUAUAUCGUAUUUAAAGAUAGGAGUAAUGUAAGAGUAACGUAGCUCGGCUAAGGCACCGAUAAGGCUUCCUCGCCGCGCCGGUUUAAGGCGUGCACGUUUUGGUUUCGUUACGUUCUGCUAAUCUGCACUGUGCUGGGGGAGAGGGAGGGGAAAGGGGGCGACAAAACACCCCCUUUCAGAAUCGCAAAGCAUUUAUUAUUAUUUUCUUUUAUAUGAAUUCAAGCUAAACAAUGCCUUAUAAUGCUGACACUCUCAGCUCAGGGUUUACCUGAGGGCGGGUGAUGUUUAAAAGACGUGGGAUUCCUCACACUGAGGUCUUAUCCACACUUAAGCCCUAUCCGGAGGGGAUUAGUGUCUCAGGGGGGCGUCUGUAAAAAAAAAAAAAUAUAUAUAUAUAUAUAUAUAUAUAUAUAUAUUUCACACUUCUACUCAGUGAUAAAACUUCUGCAUCCGGAUUGCAAUUGGGGGAAAAAAACAAAAAAAAAAACAGGACGACCAGUGACUUUUUUUUGGUCACAUGACAUCGUGUUCAGUAGCUCCUCCAUUUCCUUUCGCUGUUGUGUUUUUACAUGGUUCUCCGUGGAAACGUGCGCCCAAAUUGUAGUUACGGUGCGCGGCAGUGGACAAUUAGCUAUUUAAUUAAACGAGAAGUGGCGAAACUCAGAGAUGUGCGUCCGGACAGGACUAAAAUUACUCGAGGACCACAAAAGAGUUCAGCGAAAAACAGUAGAUAAUUCAGCCUGUAAUUUUCUUUCAGAGGACGUCUGAGAAAAAAAAAAAUCAUGGUUGUUUUGUAGGACCCCCCCCCCAUAAAAGAGAAAAUUACCCCAGGACCCCCUGAGAAACUAAUCCCGUCCUGAUAGGGCUUUACAGAUACAGAUAUUUCUGAGAACACAUGUUUUUCUGUUUGAUCUUGAAGGAGUUAUGAAAAUAUUUCUGGUCACAUGUAGGACUUCAUUUAUGAUGAUUUUUUUUUUAUAACAGUUUUUUUUCUUUCUUUUUUUGUCACAUUUUGGAUUUUUAGAUUUUUUUUUAUUUUAUUUGUUUAUUACAUAAAUGGACUUAAACAAACAACACCAAAUGGCAACUUUGUAUAUACAGAAACUGCUGCAGUUACAUUAAGCAACAGUAAACAUUUUAAAGAAAAGUUGUGAAAAAUAGACUCAUGGCACAUAUACUGUAUUACAUCUAUGAAUAAAAGUGCAAUUUGUAACUUACCAAUUGUCCGAAUGCAGCAAUUCUUUUUUUUCUUUCAAACAAAUCUCCUUUUAGUGAUUCCCUUAAAGUUGCUCUGGAUAAAAGCAUCAGUUAAAUGUAAUAAAUGUGAAUACUGAUAAGACUAUGCUUUUCCUCAUUAAAUAAAUACAGUUUUUGAGCAUCAGUCAAAUCACUCAAAUAUACCACAUGGUACUGUUGUGCCCUGAAUUUUUUUAUUUAAAAAUUUUGUUCUAUGCUUUUGGCUACUGGAAGCACCUGGAAGUCAUUUGGACAUUUCCACACCAGCUAGUCGGCUAUAUGCACACACACCCUGAUGCUAGUGUGCCAAAAAAAAACAAAAAAAAACAGAA